UAACGGCCACGUAACCCGCCCCUGGCGCCCAUCACACAGGGGACCGUGAUGAUGUGUGAUUGAAUCAUGUGAUUUGACGGUAGACUGCGUGAGGCCGGAGGUUUCGUCCAUAAAGUUGUCCUUGGAUUGAGUCAGUCCCCAAUUUUUGUGGUGACCGCCAUCAAAUUCCUGAAGUGGGACUGGAACUCCGUCGUUUUGAUUUAGUGCUUGUUGCAUUUACCGAUGCGCCAUACGACCGUUAAGGCGGCUAUGAUCGUAGAGAGGCAGUGACCCCUUAUCUCUCACUGCGAUUGCUAAUAGCGACGUUCACAGCCCCCAGGAUCUUUCAGAUGCAGUCUGUUGAGGAUCCAGAGCCAAAAGGAAUGUUUGAAUGCAGUUUGUGCAGUCUCAGAGCUCCAUACAGCUACCAUGGACAAAAGCCACCAAAUGCACGGUCUCUUGUACUCUUAGAGGAAUGCUAUACCAUGAAUGAUCCGUUCACACCUCAAAGGGACACAUUCCUGAUUCUUGGCUCCCACUGUUGUCUGUGCAACGCUGUUGUGUGUGUUGGUCAGGAAUGUAGCCUGUUUUAUACAAAGCGAUUCUGCAUCCCCUGUGUGAAGAAGCAUAUAGCUGAAUUUCCUGAAGAGAUUCAGCUGGACCUGCAGAAGAAAAAGCAGUAACAAACCUCAAGCCUUCAGGUGAACACAGCAAAGAGUCAGCUUUAAGAUGAAAAUAUGGGAGUUUAAUAUUCACAGUAACCUGGACAUUUGAAAGAGGUUUUCUUUCUAUAUGUAAAGUUUAAGGGCUAUAGUUUAUUCAUAAUUUAACUGCCUGCCACUUCUUUUGGAAACACUUGCUAUAACAAGAGGAAGCUCAGCCGAAUUUUCUGAUAUGGAAUACAAUCUAUUGGCGUCAGCUGCAGAAAUCAUGUUUUACAUUUUUGCAUUUAAGGGCUAAUAGCUCUGCAGUGACUGUCAUAUUGACCUACGAGAGGAGAAACGAUUAUUGUAUUCCUCAGUCACCUUUUCAGAGAUACAAAAUAUUUCAUAAUAUCGAAAAGUCUUCUUUCUGCUCAUCAUCCCUUCCCUAGGCCGCUCAUCACCAGACGAGUAAGAAAAAGACCCCAUUCACUGGUUUCCAUCUUUAUUUUGACAAGAGUACCCAUUGCUUUUGUUGUGUACAUCUUCCUGACUGAACUGCUCCUAUUCAGGUACUCUGUAUAGUCAUGCCUUUGUGAACACUAUUACUAUUGCAGUGGCAAAAGCAUGUUGGAGCAAAGAUAUCACCAAAGUUUCUUUAGAUAAAUACAUCUCAUACUUGCAACAUCUGGGAAAAUUGAUAAAGCUUGCACCCCUGAAAAUUAUAUAUUCAUUUGAUGAUAAUUAGACUUCGGUAUCCAAAAAUAUGGUAUCUGAAGCUUUGAACCUAUUAGCAGUGCUUGAUCUCAUGCUGUUUACUGGUUUGGUCCUCUUCAUUAUUUCUGAGCUCUUUUUGGGGUUUAAAUAAAAGUGGAUACUUCAAGAAGAACAACUUGCAUUUUGUGAAAUAAAUUUAAGGUAAUUGAAGUCCCUUUGCGCUUCAUCGGACUCUUCCUUGACAUAGGAAAUAAGGUAACAACAGUUGGAUAAAGAGUUUUAAAAUUUUUUGAGGAACAUAAGAUAGACGGACAGGAGUUUAGGGAGGGUAUUUGAGGUAAGGGCCUAAGUGAAGUCAUUGUCCCUUUCUUCACCCUAAGAUGUUCCAUUAUUUCAAGGGUGAAAGUAGGCAAAUAUGCUGAUGGAUGGAUUAUGUCCUCAAGUCAGACACUGAAGUUGUGAAAAUUUCAAGUUUUCUGCUGCUGACUAACUUCCUCUUGCUUUGUUUCUUUUUGAGUUAACUUGACUAAAAUACUUACUUCUUUCUAAAUAUUGGUUUUCGUUUUCUUGAAUUCCGCAUUUGCUAUUCUUUAUUUUCUUUCCACAUCUCCCGUUGCACCACAUCUUCCUCAACCCCACCUCCACCAUUUGAAGAUCCAUUGCUUAUGGAGGUGAAAGUAUAUUUAACACGAGAAUGAAUGUGGUAGUUAAACCUCUUAAAGGUUCAGCAGUUUUGUUUUGUACAUUUACAAAUUCCUAAGUUCAUGGCCAGAUUUAUCCAGCGUUUAAACUAUUCCAUAAAUGAUGGCAUCAACAGUAGCCUGUAAUUGCUUUAAAAUUUCAGGAAAAACAGUCACACUUUCCACUGUGCGUUUCAGGCUUGAGAUUAUAAAACUUUAGGUCUAACAUAGCUUUUUAUUUAAGGUUCUUGUGAAGAUUUGUAGCUCAGGUUGUGGAUGAGGUUGUUGACUUGCUGCGCGAGCUGGCUGGUUAUUGUACAAACGUUUCAUCACCACAUGAGAUAACAUAAUCAGUGCGGCCUCCGAUGAAGCGAUGUUGUUCUACUCCACUUGGUAUUUAUAUGAUCCGGUCUGUUAAGUUGGUUUGUGUCAUUUCUGGUUCUGUUCUGCAUGGGUUUGUAAAUGGGGUCCAAUUCCACAAUGAAGGCCAUCAAUUUGACUGGGUCAAUGUGACCAUCUUAACUCAAGCUAACCGCAGACACGCAAGGGAAUUCCUAGAGGCCUAGUUUUCAACCCAUAAUGCAAUCAACAAACAACACCAAGAGGACACACUACCCUAUAUCAAGAACAUAUCAGAACUGACAACGAGACUCCUGCAACCACUAAAAAUCUUGGUAGCACACAAACCUAUGCCACACUGUGACAAACACAAGGACCAAAGACGCCAUACCCAUGGCAUGCAGGAUCAAUGGAGUUUACAAAUUGCCAUGCAAUGACUGCAACAAACAUUACAUCAGCCAGAAGGAAACUAGCCAUUAAGAUACAUGAACACCAGCUAGCAGCAAAACAACACCACAAACUUUCACUCAUCUCGGUGCACUCAGCCAAUGGACGCCAUUAAUUUAACUGGGACAUCGUGACCAUCUUAGCUCAAGCCAACCACAGACAUGCACGGGAAUUCCUAGUGGCCUAGUUUUCAACCCAUAAUGUGAUCAACAAAUGUGGAAUUAGACCCCAUAUACAAACCCAUGCAGAACAGAACAGGAAAUGACACAACCCAACUUAACAGACCAGAUCAUGUCAAUACCAAACGGAGUAGAACAACAUCGCUUCAUCGGAGGCCUCACUGAUGAUGUUACUUAGCAUGGUGACAAAAUGUCUGUACGAUAACCAGCCAGCUUGGCAAGCAAGCCAACAGCCUCAUAGCUUUUUAUUUAGGUAAUAGGUCUGCUAAUACAAAUCUUUUCAUAGCUGCAAGUUGAAGUAUGGUCAAUAGCAACUCAGUUUAAACCAUUGUUCUUAGGUUUACAAUGUUCCAGAGAUUGUGACUCAAGUCUUAAUUGCAAACAGUUCAAAGUAGGGGAGGUGGUGGCCUAGUGGUAUUAUUGCUGGACUGUUAACCCAGAGACCUAGGUAAUAUUCUGGGGACCCAGAUUUGAAUCCUGCCACAGCAGACAGGGGAAUUUGAAUUCAAUAAAUAUAUGGCCUUCAGAGUCUAAUGAUGCCCGUGAAUCCAUUGCCAAUUGUCAGAAAAACCCAUCUAGCUCACUAAUAUCCUUUUAGGGAAGGAAAUCUUUUCCCCCCUUUUCUUACCUGGUCUGGCCUACAUGUGACUCCAGGCCAACAGCAAUGGAGUUGACUCUUAACUGCCCUCUGGGCAAUUGGGGAUGGACAAUAACUGCUGCCUGGCCAGCGAUGCCCUCAUCCAGUGAAUGAAUAAAGAAAAAAAAAGUUCUUUUUUUUUCACUACAAUUCUACAAAAAGCUUUUUAGCAAUCUGUAAUUAACAAGACAUUUACUUUUAGUGUGCCUUAGCUGAAACAUUUCUGUAAGAGUUAAAAUUUCCUCUCAAUCAUAAAAUACAACUGAAACUAAUUAUAAUAGAGCUCAAGUAAUAAAAGAAAAAUAUUGCUAAAAGUGUGAAAUAAAAACAAAGUGCUAAAGAAACUUAUCAGGUGUGCCAGCAUCCGUGGAGAGACAGGGUUCAUUUUUAUGACUGUUCAGAAUUGGGCUUUGGUAAUGUUGUUUGAUUGUCCAAAUCUCCUACUUUCCAUUUGUAUUGCCUUGAGUUGAAGCAAUCAGUUGCUCCAUAUGGCAGAGUACUGGUAGAAUGCAGGAAGUGAGGCAAAUUCUAUAUAUCUAUUCAAUGAAGCCAAUACAGGUGCUAAUGAUGGUUUCCAGAACUAAUAACUAGCAAGGGAGAAGCAGCAAUAUCAGAGACAAUUGAAGGAAGGACUAUUGAACAAUCAAAAAGCUUGCUAAGAAAACUAUAAAGACUUAUAGGAAUCCCAGGCAGUUAGUUAAGAAAGUGGAAUACUCAACACGGUAUCUCAAAAGAGCUAAAGAGUUAAUGGAGUUUGUGAGUGCUCUCCUCUUCACUCUCUCUCUGUGCACUCUCCUCGGACUUAUUUAAUUCAGUCCCAUCUGAAAUGAGAAGAGUCAUAUCAGAUUUGAAACAUUUAACUCUGUUUCUCUCUUCACAGAUGCUGCCAGACCUAGUGAGUUUCUCCAACAUUUUGUUUUAUUCCAUAAAUAUUAAAGGAUGAUUGUAGCUGAAGAAUGGCUCCUCAUAUCAUGGGCACCAUGAACAUUCAAUGUCUAAAACUGAUCAAAUAAUAAAUCCAUAUGUUAAAUUAAAAUUUUGCAUACAGAAUCCCGAUUGACAAUUGCUGUAUGGGUAUCAGAUAAAUCUUGCAUACAGAAUCCCGAUUGACAAUUGCUGUAUGGGUAUCAGAUAAAUCUUUUCCUCCCUUUUCUGAUGUGCACACAUCAGAGAACUGGGUUAUACAUUUUCCAUUUGUAAUUUUCCUCUGCAAAGAUGCAUUAUGUGGCUUCACUUUCGAACAUCUUGCAUAACCCAGUCUACAUUAUUUUGAUAGCUAUCAAACCAAACCAAUCAGCACAGGGAUUACAUAUAAGACUUAACAAAUUGUGGUGUCGAUGGUAGCCAUGAUGUGGAGGUGCCAGUGUUGGACUGGGGUGGGCACAGUCAGAAGUCACAUGACACCAGGUUAUAGUCCAACAGAUUUAUUUGAAAUCACAAGCUUUCAGAGCGUAGCCCCUUCGUCACCUGACUAUAACCUGAUGUUGUGUGAUUUCUGACUUUAACUAAUUGUUCCAUUCUUGCAGCCAAAACUCAAAGAUAAAGUACAAUGCAUCAGUGAAUCACAUUUCAUUUAAAAUUUUGACAGUAUAAUUAAUAACAUUCCAACGUUAAGCUUUAAAGAGUGCAUGAACAAAUAAAGUUGAAAUCUUUAUUGACAAACGACAUAGUUUACAUGUUCCAUAGUAGUUCAGCAUUAGCUAGGUUUUGCUUAAGAGCAAUGUAGUAGUUAUGUCCCUUGAAAGAUUAAAUGCUAUUUGGCAUGUUUGUUUA